CUUCAAUUAUAAGCAAAUUCGUCAAGACACUUCUUUAUCCCCACCUGUCCCCGUCCCUUCAACAAAACCGCCAGGAUGGGCUCCAGAAAGGCCCUUGCCCGGCCUCCGCCCAAUGCCAGCAUGGAGAUCAAACCGCGCAACAAACUUCGCCGCCAGAUGCUCCAUAUCAAGAGAAAGCGCGCCAAGGAUUCCGCUCGCCGCACCGAACGGUAUGCAUUCAAGAAGGAAGAGGCCAAGAACCCUCGCUUGAAGGAGGAGCGCCUGAGGCGCAAUAUCCCGCUCACUAUUGAUCGGAAGCGCGUGUGGGAUGAGGCAGAUAGUGACGUCGAGGAUGGCUUGGGUUUGAGUCUUGAUGUGGAGCGCAUCAAGCGACGCAAGCAAGAGGAAAAGGACGAGCUGGAUCGGUCCUUGAAAGCUUCCGACAAGUUGACCGAUGAAAGGUCGCAGGGUGGUGACAGCGCAGAGGAGGAACAUUCGGAUGCAGACGACGACGACGAUGUGGAUAGUAUGCUUGCUAGCAGUGACGAGGAUGAUGAUGUAGAGAGCGACGAACAUGAGAAGGAGGACGAUUCUCGUGGACGGCGCGACAAGCCAUCUCUGCCUUCUGCAACCGAGCGAGCGACCAGCCCCUCGCAAUCGACUAAGAGCACUAAUCUCAGCCUCGUUCCCGAUGCGCUGGCCGCCAAAUUCCCCUCGCUGUUCAACCUCGAAAACCCCUCUCCCAAGAUCCUCAUCACCACUUCUCUCAAUUCGACUCUCCAUCACGAGGCCGAGCUACUCACGGACCUUUUCCCUAACUCGCACUACGUCCGCCGCACACGCCACCGUUUUGCUCAUCAGUUCUCCAUCCGCGAGAUUGCUAAAUUCGCCUCCAAUCGGAACUACACCGCGCUGGUCAUUUUACGCGAGGAUCAAAAGAAGCCCACCGGUCUGGACAUCGUUCAUUUGCCAAAUGGCCCCAUGUUUCAUUUCUCCAUGACCAAUUGGGUCGAAGGCAAGCGCAUUCCUGGACACGGCAAUGCUACCGAGCAUUGGCCCGAGCUUAUUCUCAACAACUUCCGUACCCCUCUGGGUUUGUUGACAGCCCAUUUGUUCCGUACCUUGUUCCCUGCCCAGCCGGAGAUCCAAGGCCGACAAGUCGUCACCGUUUUGAAUAGUCGCGAUUAUCUCUUCUUUCGCCGCCACCGCUACGUCUUCCGCGAGAAGCGAGAGACCGAAAAGGCCGUGGUUGGUGCGGAUGGCAAAGAGAUGAAGGGUGCCGAGGGCAUUCGGGCUGGUAUGCAGGAACUGGGACCCCGCUUCACACUCAAGCUGCGCCGUAUUGAUAAGGGUAUCCAACGGGCUAGUGGCCAGGAGUGGGAAUGGAAGGGUGGCAUGGAGAAGACCCGUACCAAGUUCCAACUAUGAUACAUUUCUUUCCAUUGUUUGUCAACCAAAAAUCUAGCCUUGUUUUGAUUGCAUGGGGGUUUCGAAUAGGCGUUGCGAUGUUAGCUUUACUCAAAAAGCAUGGGGUUUGGGCUUGCUUUCCUGUUCAUAUUUGAUUGAGAUAUUAUUCUACCUCUGUUUCCUUGUGCAUAGAAGCAUGAAUUAUCAAUCCCGU